GAUGAAAAUGUCUGAAAAUGAAGGCGACUCGGCAUGGGCUGCGCCUUUCCAAGAUCUAGAGACACAAACCGCAGUUCCCUACGGAGAUCUGCACGCGUUGUCUCCGUUUGUUGCUACUCCACAGAAAGCUAUUGAUCUUAUCCUUGAUACUCUUCAAAUCAGUAAGACUGACUAUCUAGUGGAUCUAGGAUGUGGGCACGGAACUAUUAACAUCACCGCUGCUAAGAGAUAUGGUGCUAGUGACCUAGGAGUAGAUAUAGAACCAGAACUUAUUGCUAUUGCCAAUAAAUCUAUUUAUAGAGAUAUGGUGCUAGUGGCCUAG